AUGCCAUCAUCAUCUGGGUCGUCACCUCUUGCUCUUCGCAACUAUGCCAGCUGCCAUCGCCUGUGUUGCCGCUACUGUUCCAGUUCGUACUGUCCUGUACUGCCGCUGCAACCUGAGGCUGUUGUAAAAACGGACUGGAAAAAACUGAGAGAUGCUCAUAGGAAUGCCCUCAAAAGAAGAGAGACAAAAAGUGGUCAAGCUGUGGCAAACUCAAAAAAGUGGAAGUACGAGAAAGAAAUGGAAUUUUUACUUUCCGUAUUGCCAGCUCACAGCCUACACGACAGUAAUAUUCCUGAUAUGGAUGACACGCAAGUUCCUGAAAAUCAAAUAAACGAUGAUAGCAUUGUUAAUGCUGAAGCUCCUGCUGCUCCUGAUGAUGAUGAAUUUUCCAACUCUGAUCACGAUGUCAACACAGUCCGGAACAAACCCAAAGGAGUCGACAAAAUUCUGAAUUUUCUGAAAAAUAAAGAGAUAAACAAACCUGUUCGCUCUGUCCCUGACGAAUUAGAUUUGUUUUUUGGUAGCAUAUCAAUGUCGGUAAAAAAAUUGCCUCAAAGGUUACAAAACAGAGUAAAGAGAGAAGUUUUAGAGGCAGUAAACCGAGCUGAAGAUGAACAUGAUUCACUGAUGAGUCUAAUAACACCGGCAGUGCUUCAAACUAGCUCUCCACUGGUGUCUCCAGGUACCUCCUCUGACAGCUCAACAUGGUCAGGUGGUAACUAUUCAAACCAGCCCACGAUCCUUCACCAUCAAAAUGAAACAUCACUUACAGAAAGUGGCUCAUUACUUCGAUCACUGCAAGAAGAUACAGAUGUUGAUUUGGUAGCGGAAAACUAUUCAGGACAAGCAACUGAAGACAAUCUUCAAAUACUUUAA